AUUGCAGCUGUUAAAUUUAACUGGAUCAAAAGCAAAUAACUUUAUUCCACUGAUAUGAUCUUGAUCUUUCUGAGCACAUCAAGAUUUACCUUGCAGGUGACCAUAUUGAUGUACAUUCAUAGCCUCUACUUUGUGGAUGUGUUUAGGUUGGUUUCUGUAUACAAAGCUUUUGGUGCUGUAUGGAUGUUUGCAAGCCAUGCCAGUUUGUGGUUCAGUUCCUGGCUCUAUGUUCUGUACUGUGUAAAAAUAAUCAAUGUCACCUAACAGCUGCUGUUGCAAAUCAAGCUCAGGGUAGCUGGCAUGGUCCCAUGGCUUCUUCUAGGAUCACCGGUGGUCUCUUCUGUGACUUCUCUUACUUUACUAUGGAUUACACCCAGCACUUACCUCUGCAGCUCAACUGGGAACUGUACAGAAAAUAGCACAGCACAUAUUACUGACUGGGAUCAUUCACAUCUCUACCUGCUUCUUCUUAUUGUGCAGGUUGCUUUUUCCCUCAAGCACUCUCUGGUAACCUCAUCCCUAUUAAUUACUUCUCUAUGGAGACACACAAAGAAGAUGAAAUGUUAUGUAGAUACUUUCAGGAAUCCUUUGACAGAUGUUCACCUAACUGCCAUUAAAUCUAUUGUUUCUUUCUUGAUCCUAUAUCUUUGCAGUUUCAUAGCUCAAAUUCUGCUGAUACUGUCAACUUCUCAAAGUAAAGAUGUUACAAAAGUUGCAAUAUCCUUAGUUGUAGCUGGGGCAUAUGCUUCUAUCCGCUCUAUUAUUCUGAUUGUAGUGAAUUCAAAACUGAAAUUGGCAGUUAGUAUCUUUGGCCAGCAUUUAAAGUGCCAUUUGUAA